ACUUGCGUAUGUGACAGGUGUGUUUAGUGAAAUUACAGUCGUAAAUAAAUCCUGUUUGUAACCUGCGUAUUUAAUACGUACAUACAAAUAAUCUAUAGAAGUUUCUAUAUAGUGUUUAAACAUUCUCAGUUCUCCAAGUAUUAAUAAUUAGUGCCUUAGUGUUUCGAAAUUGUGACAAGUUUUCUGUUUGUGGUUUACUGUCCUUGAGGCGGAGGCUUUGACGCUAGUUCUGUCUUCUUUUUCAUACGCGACUGACAAGGUUCCGAGGCAAUCCAACGCAACCUGACUGAACCAAUAGUUGAAGGUGCCGGCGGCUGUGAUGAUGGCACCGAGUGUUUUCCCAAGAACCAAAUCACCGAGAUCUUCGCCAGGAAAUGUACCACGUAAACUUCAGAAUGGUAAAGGAACUAGUAACGUGAGCCAAGCUGUAAGCCAAGCAGAGAACACAGCAGACUCCAGCCCGGGCAACUCAAUUUCAGACGCAGAGAACUUCGAAUGCUAUGGAGAAGCUGAUGGAGACACAUCUAGCAAUGCAUUAGAAAAUGGAACCCGAAGUCCUGGGAAUAAUCUCAAUCGACAUUCAUGGACGAGAACUAGCUUACGACGGACUCCUCCAAGUCAUCAAGAAAACCUGCCACAUCGAAGAUGGGGAUCCAUGAGGCAUUCCGGGAAACGACAAAUCGGUUCCAAUGUCUUAGCAAGCCAAUUGUACCGGUCGUCGUCCUUCAACUCGUCUGGCUGCGGGUCGGGGGGAGAGCCAGCUGACGAUAUGUACUCAGAUGUUUCAUUAGAAGAAGAUGUGCAGGGACUCAACUAUAAGGUACAACUUCUUCAGCAGCAGGUGACGUCACUCGCAGAUACUCAAAGCACGUCAGACGAAAGGUACGCCAGAGCAAAGGCCGACAACGCUGUACUUCAAGCCAGAGUUCACAUGCUCGAUGAACAGAUACGCGAGAUCGAAUGCCGUUGCGAGGAGCGUAUUGCAGAGGAACAGAAACGAUGUAGGGAUGCGAUAGCUAGAGUCGAGCGUGACAGGGACGCUCAGCUGUCUGCACUUAAUGAUCGACUCUCCGCUGCUGAAGCAGAGGCUUCUGAUCUUAAACAAGAGGUGGGUAGACUCCGUGGCGUUGCCGAAACCCUACGGGCGAACGCUGAAAUAAGCUCGCGUACCGCACGCGAAGCUCAAGACGCAGCGAGCGAACUGGCUGCUCAGAUGAGUAGUGCCAGAGACGCCGAGAGACGUGAAAGAGAGGCCGCUGAAGCGACGAGAGCGCUCCUUGCCGCCGCUCAGCAGGAACUCCGAGCGCUCAAGGCGGCUCCUCCCCCACCCCCAGACCCUCGGGUGGAUGAGCUGCAGCAGGAACUCACGCUGCUACGCACCCAGAAUAAAUCUCUCACAGAAGCCCAAGAGGAACUCCAGGCGCAGAUUCUAACUCGAGGCGUUGAAGAGGGUCGCAGUCUGUUAGAUGGAGUGAGCGGCCCUCUCGUCGCUACCAACUCUUUGGCACACGAACUCUCGCAAAUGAGUGACCACGAGCUCGUUGGUAGCGAACAGUCUGACAGCAUAGAGUUGGAAAAGUUGCAAAAGGCUUUGAAAGAGCAGCAAGACGUGAACGUACAACUGCGAGACUACAUUGACGGUAUCCUGCUAUCAAUAGUAGAAAAUUACCCACAACUCCUCGAAGUCAAGUGUCAGAAACCAGAUUUUAAAUCAUAACGCCGAUAAAUCUUCCAGUAUGGUAGUGCCUUAGAUUUUAAAUAACAUAAGUUACAUCGCAGAAGGACAGUUCAACGUCCUUGAUAAAAUUAAUUAGAUUAAAAUAUUAUAUUGAGACAUUCAGUCAUUUUUUAAAAUGAGAACUUUUUAAUUAUUCACCUUAAUUUCCCAUUUCAAACCAUUUUCAUGAUGCAUAGUUCAUGAUGUCGUUAGAGACGUGCCUACAUAUCAUGGCGUUAUUUAUUUUAAUAAUUGAAUUGAGUCAGGAGCGCAUUAUCACCACGGAUUAAUUAUACUUACCUCGGCUACGAAUAACAAUACUAGUAAUAUAAUAGUGUACCUGUUUAUAAAAUGCCUCUUAACCUUAAAAUGUUUCUUGUAAACGUAAGUUUCCUAUAUGCGUCUACAUUGACACUAUAAGCUAUCACAAUUAAAUACAGAAUAUUUAAUAUUUCAAACAUUAUUAUUUAUUAUUGAGAUUCUUGUUUACAGUUGAGAAUUGUAUUAUUGCAAACAAUACACAUACAAUUAUAUUCAACCACGCUACUAUAUAGUACAUUAUAUAUAUAGUAUUAUUAUUCGUUUUCAACGUCACUCUUAGGUUUCAUUGGCCAUCUGAGGCCUAUUAUGGUCGUGGAGUUUAUCCUAUGGCCUAGAACAAUGCAUCCUUUUGCUGCUUAUUGAAACGCAACGCAGCGCGUCGCGCUACAAAAAAAUUAUUUUGUGAAUAAAUUACAAUACUAUCAAGACAACCAUUUAUAAUUUCAAGAAAUAUUUUCCAUUGGCCGUAUAUUAUUUGUAUGAUCCGUUAAAACUAAUAAAAUAAAGCUGUAAUGUUAUGUGUAAAUUUUAAUAAAUAUUUAUACUUAUUAUUACUGUGAUAUAAGAAUACUAUAAUGAAAUAUAAAUAUUAUCAUGUCCUUAUCGUUUUAUGACUUUCGAUAGUAAUUCAUGAUUUUUAAAUAAAUUAGAAUUGUUAUAAAAGUGAUUCUUUAUAUAAAUCUUUUAUUUUAUCUUAGUUCCCUAAUUGUUAAUCAGCUUAAUCGGUGUGAUUUAAUUGCUACUUAAUUUCCAAUUAAAAAGGCGUUAACAAGUGCCACAAUACGCGAUAUAUCAAACAUGUAAAUAUUGUAUAGCAUUAGGGUAUAUGCAAUAGCGAACCGAUAACAUCUCAUAGAAAUGCUUUAUUAGUGCUUUAGUUGUAAGGAAAAUUAUUUUUGUAGUAUUAGAUCUGGAGAUACAAGGCCAAGCCGUCCAUAAAGUUUAUUACAUCAUUUUAAUUCAAGACUGUGGUAGACAUUGGUGCAAAUAACUCUUAAGCUGAGAGUAAUUCUAAUUGUGAAAUAAAAUAUUUAAUUAUUUAUAAUUGAAGCCAUUUCGAAUUGUAUUCCUAAAUUUUAUUUUAUUCGAUAGUCUUUAAAAUAAAUUUGUUAGACGUGUAUGUUAAUAUGUAAGAUAGCUUCUAGGCAUUUCUGUACAUUUUGAUAACAUUUGUGAAGUAAUGAAAAUAACCAUAUAUCGAAAUAAAAGAAUUUUAAAUUA